UGCAGCUCAGUUCCAAUUCUCACGCUCGCCCAGCCGAUUGGUUGUACGGUUAAAGAAGACGAAAAACGAAAAUUUGAAGAAAAAGAAGAAGAAAAGAAAUUUUUAGACAGCAUUUACAUAUGUAGAACGUUGAGGCGCGUUUGUGAAAGAUUUUUCAAAGGUAUUGCAAGUGGCAGUGAAUUAAGAUAUAAAAUAAAUACAUACAAACAAAAUAAAAUAUACUUAGAUAAUCAAAAGCAUUGACUAGCUAAUGACGCUUUUAGUAGAAAAACACCCACCAAGUAGUAGCCGCCGCAGAAAACCCACAGUUACUAUUUUCUAAAAGAAAUACCAAAGAAAUUGAAAAAUAAACACUUGAAAAAAAUAAAGUAAAAUUAUAAAAAAAAAGUAUUGAAAAAAAAAAUUAAAACCAACUUACACAUACACACAACUGUUCGGAGACUGCAGAAAUCGAUAAAAGCGUUGAAAUAAAAAUAGACAAGCUUUUAAGCGGAUUUUAUCAACUUUAGCUAAAAUUCAUCGCCACGCAGACAUUUAAAUAAUUGUACGUAUAAGAAGACAUGCGCCUUGAUUCCAAUUCCAAUGAGGAUUGUAAGACGUCGUCAGACUCGACAUUGUGCAAAGUGAAAUUUGACACACUCUCAGUCUGGGGUGGCUCAGAGAAGACCGAUGAUACACGUCUGCCAAUAACGGAUUACUCGACAUUGGGCGGUCCACGUCACAAUUGCAGUCCAUUUCCGUUAUCAAAAGAUGUUAACAAUCGCUUUUUGUUGUGGGAGGGUGAUCUAACCACACUCGAAGUGGACGCCAUCACAAAUAUUAUCGAGGAGACACAAAACGAGACUAAUCCCAUUGCCGAACGCAUUUAUGCCGCUGCCGGUAAUCAAUUGAAGGAAGAACUAAGCAAUAAUUUGAAAGAGUGCCGUACUGGUGAGGUGUGCGUUACUCGUGGCUACAAUUUAUCAGCCAAGUAUGUGAUACACACCGUCGGACCAGCCGUUAAGGAGACAUUCAAAAGUGCUGCUGAAAGUACAUUGCAUUACGCUUACAGAAAUGCUCUGUACAAAGCUAAGGAACUAAAUCUACGUACAAUCGCUAUCAGCAACUUAAGUGCCAAUCAGAGUAGUUUCCCAGCCGACUUAGCUGCCCACAUAGCAUUGCGUACAAUUCGUCGAUUUUUAGAUAAAUAUCAAACGCAAAUUGUGAUAUUGUGUGUUAGCGCACACGAACGCGGCAUUUAUGAAGUGCUAGCGCCGCUCUACUUUCCACGUGAUCACCUCGAGGAGCGCAGUGCUCUGUGGCAAUUGCCCAAGGAUAUUGGCGGCGAAUUUGGUGAACCACAAAAUCCGGAUCGACAAAUACGUAUCAUUCGUAAUCCACAGCAUAGUGUACUGAUGAGACACGCUGACGACGAUUCUGACAGCAGCCCACACGAUAUGGAAGGCAAUAGUUCGGACUUGGAAGCCGGUUUCGCCGAUAUGAACGGUGUAAGUUUGAAUAAUUAUGGCGGCGUCACAUCAUCGGCCUAUUCACAAAUGCAGAUCGAUUUGGAUCGUCAACAUUUAUUGGGUAACCGAAAUCAUGUUGUUGAGAGCGUCAUUGCCGAUGGCCUGGAAGGCUUAGAACAUCAAGAGAGAUAUGAACGUCUUUUGCGUCGCGCUCAAAUCGAAGAUCUUUCAGAAGUCUCCGGCAUCGGUUGCCUUUAUCAGAGCGGUGUCGAUCGUUUGGGUCGACCAGUUGUCGUCUUCUGUGGCAAAUGGUUCCCUGCACAUAACAUCGAUUUGGAGAAGGCACUUUUAUAUGUAAUUAAACUAUUGGAUCCCAUCGUUAAGGGCGAUUAUGUAAUUGCGUACUUCCAUACAUUGACUACAACAAAUAAUUAUCCGGCACUUCACUGGUUGCGUGAAGUUUACGGUAUAUUACCAUAUAAAUUCAAGAAGAACCUGAAGGCCUUCUAUAUUGUGCAUCCAACAUUCUGGACUAAGAUGAUGACUUGGUGGUUCACAACAUUCAUGGCGCCCGCCAUUAAAGCCAAGGUACACUCACUUCCCGGCGUUGAGCAUUUGUACUCCGCCAUUUCCAAGGAUCAAUUAGAGAUACCAGCAUAUAUCACCGAAUACGAUAUGACGAUCAACGGUCUCCAUUACUUUACGCCAAUGACGACACCAUCAUAGACAUCAAUUGCGACCAUUUAGUCGUUCGUUUCCAAUUCUGUUCCAGUCUAAAAGCAUAGCAGCAAAAAUAACAAUAAGCGCCUAAUGUCGUGUACAUACCUACGUAUAUAAAUAUUGUUGAUGUAAAGGAAAACAAAAAC